AUGGCAAAUAAGGGUGGAGAAGGUAUCAACAUAGACUGCACAUGUUUAGAUCUAUUUGAAGAGCCUACGAAAACCUACUAUUUUUAUGACUGUGCUAUAUUAAAAAAAUGCAUACAAAAUGGGGCCUUAAAAGAGUCUGAGAGUGUGUGUAUAUAUGGAAAAGAAAAUUGCGGUAAGACUUUACUUCUAACAGAAAUAGUAGCUGAUCUUACGGCUGUAAAAGAGCUUAAAGGAAUGAAUUCUAAAGUUGUUUUUUUAGACUGUGACUUAAGUUUUAACUAUAAAAAUUAUGAAAACAUGAUAUAUAAUAAAUUCGAUAAGUACAUAAGUAAUAGCUAUAAAAGGAAUGACCACACGAGUAAUAGCUACGUAAGUAAUAACCGCAUGAGUAAUAACCCUAACGUGAAUAUUAUUAACACGAAUAAUAAACUUAAAAAGGAAAAUUUAAAAAAAAUAUAUUUAGAAAAAUCUUUUUCGAAUAUUUAUUAUAUGCCCAUAUUUAACCCAGGUCAUCUUUUAGUUAUUUUGAACACACUGAAAAUUUUAUUAGAAAAAAAGGUAUUUAUUGAAGCAUUAUUUUUUGAUUCCUUAUCUUUUUGGAAUUUCUGUAAAUAUGAUAAAAUAAAUUUCUUUUCAGAUAAGAAUUAUGUGAAAAGAAACUCUUUCGAGUUAUUGGAUUAUGUUUUUACUCUUAUUUUAAAUUUAAAAAAAAAGUAUAAAUUUUUAUUUUUUUACACAAAAUUAUGUAAUGAAGACAGAUUUAUAGAAUAUAUCAUCAACUUGUCUAUUAACGAAAAACAUGGGGAACAAAUAAAGAAUGUCGAAAAAAAGCAAGAAAAACAAGUAGCUGGUGAAAAAGUAAAUACAUUAAAACAAGUAUUUUUUUUAAUACCACAUAAUUUUAAUGAUAUAUUAAAAACACAUAUAUUUUUGAAAAAAGAUUUUGCAACGAAUAAUUAUUUAAUGGAAAAACCUUUUUUUAUUUUUUUAAUACCAAAUGAAAAGAAGCAAUUCACACACAUCAACAAGAAUAGUAAUUUUACAAAUUUGAAUUUUUUAUUAUGUUUAUCAUCUGAAAUGAAAGACAAAGAUAAAGAUUCCUAUUCCAAGUUUUUUUUUAUGAUAACUAAUUCACACACGAUUGUCCCUUUGUAA